CUGCCAGAGUGAGCUAAAAAUUGUUGCGUAUGCGUGUGCAAAGCAUAUGCAUAGCAUAUUUUCUUGUUUAAAACAAUUCUUUUGUGCAAAAAAUUGUGCAAAAUCAUAUGUAGAACUUAUGUCUGAUACAAGUGCUCUGGAAUUAUGUAUCAGUUGUAGUGCGAGCUGCAGUAGCAGGCGCAAAAGAAGAAAGUGAAGCAGCUACAACAACAACAGCAGCGACAACAACAACAAAACAGCAGCAACAAAUUUUGUAAAAGCGAAAAAGAAAUAUAUAUACAUAUAUAUAUAUUUGUACACAAUCAAACGCACACGCAACGUGCUCGCACCAGCCCCAUUAUAAAUUCAAGAAACAACAGCUACAAAAACAGCAAUUGCAAUGUCCAAUGGUGACGAUGUGCUAGACAACUGGGAAGAAAUUGACGAGGCAGGCCUUUGCAUGACGCUUCAAACGAAACUGCAAACCGCCGACAACGACUCCAGUUGCACCUUUAAGCCCGCCUCAACAGCUGAAACAGCAGCCACUAGCAAAAUGAAAUUACUUCAACGGCCGCAGAGCAUGCAGGAGAGCAGUGGCGGUGGCAGCGCAGCAACGGCCGCAGUCGUGGCGCCAAAGCAAAUCAUGAUUGCCAAGAAGCCGCCAACGUCUGCGACAUCAGUGGAUGACGAAUCGAGUGCGCCGUCUGCGCCUGUUAUGAUGGUGCUGCAUAAAUCGAGCAGCGAGUACGAUGCUGCCAAUUAUGCCACGCCCAUUAGCAAUCAAACGGUGAAAAUCUUGAGACGACCCGCACAGGCCGAAGAGCGUCGCGAUAUGAACGGCAUACGACCCAAGCAGCCCAUCAAAACUCUGCAGCAGAGAGAGCAGGAAUACGCACAGGCACGCCUACGCAUACUGGGAAGCGCCAAGAAUCCAGAGGACGAUAAACCUGCUGCGGCCGCAACCCUCGUGGUGCUAUCAACCCCAGUGCAGCCGGAGGUGACGACAACAACGCCGACAGCGUCCAACUUCAAUAACAACAAUAAUAAUAACAACAUUGGCAGUGGCAUUCAGUCAGCUAAUAAUGCAUCACCUGGCAUGCAUCGAUCCACAUCGGCGCCAAAGAUGUCACAGACGGCGCCCUUUUACAACAACUACAACAAUUACUAUCAGCCGCCGCCAAAUACAGCCCCCAUGGGCUAUUUCUAUCAGCAGACACCGUCGAUGCAUCAGCCACAUCAACAGCAGCAGCAUCAGCAGCAAACUUCGCCACAAUCUCUGGCGCAUUACAAUCAACGCCUGUCGCAGUAUAUGACAGGCGCCACUGUGACAGCAGCAGGAGCUGCAACGGCCAAUCCUCAGCAGAGUUGGUCGCCGGUUGUGGGAGGCAGUGUUUCGGCGGCGCUGCUGCGUCAGCAAUCGUUGCAACAGCAUCAGGCACAGCCACAGCCACCGCCGCCCCACUAUGCACAUCCAUACAAUGAUAACGUACUACGCUUGCCACGUGGUCCGUGUCCCAAUGGCACGAUCGGAUUUCAGAUGCGUCGGUAACAGGCGGCUGGAUGGAUGCAACCGAGCUAUCUAUUAUUUCAAUUAUCCCAUGCCAACUGAAAGCAUGCAUUCAAAAUUGUCAUUUCUGAGAUUGCAUUAAGUAAUUUGUGUUGCUUUAUACACAUUUAUAUAUGCAUAUAUAUAAAUAUUUAUUCACUCUUUUUCAUGUGGCAAAUUUGAGAGCUGCAAUCAACCAACUAUGUAAACAAAUUUAUGACGGAGUUUGGUAGUUAUAUUGUAAAU